AGCAAUAUCAAUUUCACUGUGUGGAUAAAUUCCUAAUAGCAUCUUGAGCAAAUGUUACUCACGUCUCUGCAUUAGGUUUUGAGGUCACAACCCAUUCCAGAGACCAGAACAAAUAAUCUGGGCACGAACAUGGGAGUGCUGCAGUGUCUAAGAUUGCAGACCUGAUAUUUCGAGGAGAGAUGAAUGAGUAUGCUGUGUGCAAAUUGGCUGCCGUGUUAGCUUCUACAGUGACUGUAGAAUUUGCUGUGAAAAACUGCGACUUCCUGAGAUUUGUGAAAAGGGAAGACCCCUGCAGCAAGCCUGUGAUGGAGAUGUCGGCCAGGGAACGGGAUGGCGUGUUGAAAUGGCAGGCGACAGCCUAUGACCCUAUAAUAGGAAGCUCAGGGUCACUUUUACAGAUAAAAGGUAGGUGUUUUGCAAAGCAGUCACCAAGCCUUCACCAUAUCAAAAAGACGGGGCUAAACAGGUUGUUCUGCAAGCAUGGAUUCGACAGAUCGAAUGACCUCCUCCAAGGUUGCAUCACUGCAAAACUUUACAAAAUGCGUUUGGUUUGCUUUGCAAAUUCCACCUUAAGUCGUGAUUUGGAGAUGCCGGAGACAGGGAGGGGGCGCUGCUGCGGGAGGACCGGGCGGGAGGGGGCGCUGCUGCAGAAGGGUCGGGCAGCAGGGGGCGCUGCUGCGGGAGGACCGGGGCAGGAGGGGGCGCUGCUGCCGGAGGACCGGGCGGGAGGGGGCGCUGCUGCAGGCGGAUCGGGCAGGAGGUGGCGCUGCUGCCGGAGGUCCGGGCUGAAGACGAGGGAGGGCGCUGUUACUGCUGCACGGGCAGAGUGUCGGCGUCACCCGCAAAUUAAAUGA